AUGCCGCGAUCCAUUCCAAUAUUCGAAUUUGCCCAUCUUUCGCCCAAGGUGCAGCUCUCAUUGGCCUCGCACAUGACGUCGAAGGCCCUCCUGGACUACGCCCUCGAGUGUCUCCCGUUCAGGAACUUCCUAGUCGCCAACAUCGGGACCGUCGUUCUCGCCUGUCUCCUCACGCAAUACGGCUACAUCCUCGAGCUCCGUUCACUCACCGAGAUCCCGCCCAUCCAACUGAACCUCCACAACGCCGAGAAAUCCGCACUGCUGGAAUCGAUCCCACUGCUGAUGUUUCUGAUGCACGAGGAGAACCUGUGGGAGCUCCCGGAGCACCGGGGCAUCCUCAUGCUGCUCUCCACCUCUCCAUGCGACCCCUGGACCCCCGUUCCCCCACUCUCCCUCGAGAACACCUACGGCACCGGCAUCCGCGGCCUGCUACGCUACCUAUUCCGGUACAAGAUGCUGUGCCGCGCGAUGACGUCCACACAGCGGCGGCGGCGAAUGCAGCAGUUCCUGGAGCGGCACUACACGGCGUGGGCGGUGCGGGACAUUGCGGACGUGUACGAGGCCCUGCGUGGCGUGAUUGCUCGGCGGCUGGGGUGGAUCCAGGGCCCGGAGCUCGAGGACGUCGCUGCGUACCUCAUCGCGGACCUCCGCGUGCUGCAGAUGCCGCAGACGGGCGCUCAUCAAUGGCUGGCUCAGUUGGAACGCGAGAAGGGCGGGAGGACGGAGCAUAGCGGGUUCUUUUGGGGGCCGGUGGUGGGUGCUCUCAAGAGUGCGGACGACCUGGCGGCUGGAGAGUACGAAGGGUGGGAGACGGGGUUCGCGACGGCGGUCACGGAGCCGGUGGUUGAAGCCUCCAUCGGCGAGGAUGAUGUCGACACCGACGAUGGAGUCCGCGUGGUGUGUUGUGUUCCCUGGUUGGGACGGGCGGUGAACCGCAAGGCUGCACCUGUAACUCUUAGGAGACAGCAGAAGGUUUUUUGA